UAUCACUCCAGUCGUUCAAUGGCUGCAAGGCAUGUGCCCACCUCUGAAGCGCAAGAAAUGGGUUAACGUUAUCAACAGAAUAGAUUUAUAGAAAGCAACCGAUAACAGUUGUUUUUGUUGAGUUGACGGAUGCAAGAGACAUAAAAGUGAAGGGGGACUCAAUUUUUAGGACGCAUAUACAUUUGACCGGAUACAUUCGACAAGGAUUUUAAAUGCAACACACCCUAGGGCGCGCGGCGGAGAGCGCCUGUUACGCACGAGGCGAGCGUGAGACUGGGGCAUUUCUGAACAAAUCAGUUAAAUGUUUGAACUUUAUUGAAAAGUACGACUCUGGUUUUUUGACCGAGCACUUAUGGAUCUUUAAGAAAGUCUGCUUUGGUGACAAUGGGGCUGUCACAUGCCAGAGGGACCGAGAACAGAUAACUGGGGCAGCUGCAAAUGUAGUUAUUUUUCGCGUAUACAUUUAGAAUUAGUGCUCCAGUCUAGGCUACUACAUAUGGGACAUCCAACGGCUAUUACUCGACACGAGCAAAUUUCACAACACUGGCAUUGUAAGCGCCCCGAGACUUCGCCAGUUACAAACAUCAUUUGAGGAGGGUGAAGAUGCCUUUUCACCAUGUAAGAGCAGGGCUGCUCUACACAGACAACUACCUGAGCAACUCUCUCUCUGAAACCAGUGAAGAGCAGCUUGCCAACAUCUCCACAGAAGAGCUUGGUGAGAUUAGAGAGGCAUUCCGUGUUCUAGACAGGGAUGGGAAUGGUUUCAUCUCUAAGCAGGAGCUGGGUAUGGCCAUGCGCUCUCUGGGGUACAUGCCCAGUGAGGUGGAGCUGGCUAUUAUCAUGCAGAGACUGGACAUGGACGGUGAUGGACAGGUGGACUUUGAUGAAUUUAUGACAAUACUGGGACCCAAACUCCUUUCUUCUGAAACCAGAGAGGGCUUCCUAGGCAGCACUAUAGACAGCAUAUUCUGGCAGUUUGACAUGCAACAGAUGUCCCUGGAGGAGCUCAAACACAUCCUAUUCCAAGCCUUCAGAGACCAUCUCACCAUGAAGGACAUCGAGAACAUCAUCAUCACAGAGGAGGAGAGUUUGAAGGAGAACUCAGGAAACUGCCAGACUGAAUUUCAGGGAGUGCAUUCUAAAAAGAAGAACCGGCAGACGUGUGUCCGCAAGAGCCUCAUCUGUGCUUUCGCAAUGGCAUUCAUCAUCAGCGUCAUGCUAAUCGCAGCCAAUCAGAUGUUGCGCAAUGGCAUGGAAUAGACCACCCCACUGUGAACCCUGGGUGAUUCGACCUCUGCUGGUACUGUACCCCCCUGAGAAACAAGCAUCAGAAACUGCUAAAGCAAUUCCACUUUUUUUUCUUAUCAUCCAGAUGAUGCAUGUGAAUUUGAAAAGCAAGCUCCCUUUUAUUUUUAAUAUAGCACGUACACUGACUAUGUUGAACUUUGCAACAAAAGUGAGGGAUCAUUUGUCCUCCAUCAUCAGUUUGACAGGGACAUGCAAGGGCUCCUCAUUUGAUACAGUUUAAUGCAAUAACAUCCUGUGCCCCUCUGCGCUGUGUUUUUCUCAUUCUCUCUGCUUGAGAAGCCAGGACUUGUCUUUGUACUGUAUCUCACUCCAAGCCAUGUCAGAUGGGAACGAUGAGGAGUAGAGUGAUUGGCAGCCUGUCCAACAGAGUCACCACAGGAUAUCUGGCUUCAAGAGUGUGUGCAUGACAGUGUGUCAGUGUUCAUGUCAAAUGGUCUGUCCACUCCUCUGUUGCAGCUCAUUUAUGGAAUUUAUGGAAGAUAUAUUUUAAUGUUCAGUUUAGUCAAAGGUCUUUGACAGAAUAGGUUUAAAUAUUUAAGGGACUGUGGGGUUAUGUUUUGAAUGGCAUACUACCACACUGCUUAUUCUAUUUUUGCAGUAUAUAGUGAAUUUGCUGUGGACAGUCUGCACAUUUUCUAAAAAGAAAUAAAAAAAAACCUGGAUUACCCUCUAGAUCUGGCAAAAUGCCUAGUAUGCAGUAAGAGCACACUCAUUUUAGAUUUUAGACAACAUUGGAAUAAAAAAUGCAAAACUAUUUAUUUCCAAAUUCUAACUGGGUGACACAUGCAACAUAGUGACAAGUUGUGACAACAAUGUAGCAUACUUCUAUCAGAAACAUUUGCCCACAUACUAUUCUUAAAAAAGUAAGAAGUAGGCAGUAUAGGCAGUAUAUACUGUGCAAUAUGCAUUAAGCAGUAUGGUAAUAUUCCAUUCUGAACAUAACUAGUGUAACCAAAAGCAAACUAAAUCAUUGUCAUUUAUUUAAUAAUGUGGUUCCAUUUUGUGGUAUUCCCUGUGUACCCUGUGAAAACAUCAUGGGUUUUAUAAGGAAAUGAGAGGUCUAUGUGCUUCAUUCAUUCCAUACCCAAGUACUUUCCGGUGUUAUUUAUUCAUGUGCAUCUAGUUGAGAGAAGACUGUAGAAUACUGUUGUUGUUGUUGUUGUCGUUUUUCUUUUUUCUUUUUUCUUGGUGUAUCAAGGUCUUCUCAAUAUCUGCAAAAAUUGUCUGGAUAAAACACAGUACAUCGAACUUCUGCGGAAGUGUCUAUGCUACAUAAUUGGACGUUUUGGUCCAUUUUAAGUUUGUAUUCACUCUCAGGCUCAGAUUGUCAGUGAAUGCAACAUACAUUGAUCUAAAUCCAACAAAAGCAAACUGUCAGUUUAUAUCUCUAUAAUAAGCACCUUUUUCUUUUGUUACAGUCUAAAGCCGUGUGUGUAAUAUAAAUAUUCGUAUACAUGUUGUUCUGUAUAUUUAUAAUAUGUGUGCAUAUCAGUUCUCUUCCCCAUGUUCCUUAUUAAUAUGUAUACUAAUGAUCGUUUGUCAUGUUCCCCUGUAUAUUGCAUGUGUAUUUAUGCAUAUAGAGUUGUCUUUUGGAUGUCUGUUUGACUGUGUCACAUUUGCAUGUUCCCAACACUGGUCCAGUGCUUUUUUAUGGUCUGUACUGCUUGCUGGCAUUUGCUGUGGCCAUCAAUCUAAUUUCUGAACUCCAACCAUUUCUUUCCUGUGAGCCAUCUUAUCUGAGAGAGGUACCAGCAAUCUGUGCCAAAAUACACAGGAAAUGAAUGAGAAAAACAGGUUAUUGGAAGCAUUUCUCUGGACAAAGUUCUUGUCAGCAUUCUAGUAUGUCAGAAUGGCUUGAUUGAAGACUAAAGAUUUUUACUCUGUCAGCCUGAAUGGUAAGGAAUGGAAUGGGGAAACUUCCAAAUCAAUGACUCCAUCUAGAGGUCUUUCUUUUUAAAUUAUUAAGUGACAGUGGUAAAGAUGUAAUUUUCAAUUGUAAAGUAACAGUAGUAAAGAAGGAAUUAGCUUAAACCAAAAGGAAGUUUAAAACGGGUGUGUGGAAGUAGCAUUUACCAUCAGUAGAACAGAAAGUUUUGAAAGUUUUGUAUUCGCUGACAUUUAAAUUACGUACUUUUUUUCUUAAAAUCCAGUGUAAAUUCCAUAUAAUCUAUUUAAUAUGCAAAAUUAAUAAAUGGGUAACUUGUCGAAUGUUACUCAUUUUGUUUAAUAUACUCUGUUAUAAUACUGUUGAUUUCCUUUUGAUUAUCACAAAGGCAAAUUAGUUUACUAAAGUUUCAAAAUUCUAUGCAUCAUUUCCAAUUGCCAAGUUACUCAAUGUAUGCCAUGCUUGUUGUCAGAAUCUACAGUCUCAAAUAUUUGCAGUGCACUUGGCCUCACCCUCUAUUUUAUGGGCAUUAGGGUUAUUCAUUUUGAAUACAUAAAUUGGUACAGUUUUUUUUUUUUUUUUUUUUUUGCUGUAUUUUCUAUUUUGUUCAUUUUAUAUUAGUUUAUGUUUUCUAUUGUUACUUUGAUAUAAAUAUAUUUUUUUUAACUUGUAAAGAUUGAUUGAAUCUAUAAUUUAACUCUCAAACCAAAUCCUAUCUGAAUUUGAAGCAUGCCAAAUAAAUCAUUUUAUGUAUGUAUUUUUAUGGAGUAUAUCAAAAGAAAGUUUAUUAAUAUGCAAAACAAUAUACAUAUUGCAUGCAGGAUGUGGAUUGGCAGUCAGAUUACAGCAAUAUGGUUUCUAAAUACAAUUGUAUCAUUAUGUGUAAAGAAUAUAAAGGAAUAAAAGAACAUUAUUUA